AUGUGUGAAGUUAGCGUACAGGUUAAUCAGGAAACCCAUGAGAUAGAAGAUCUUAAAAAACAAUUAGAUUAUACAUAUGACUAUGUGAUAGAAAGUUGGGAACGUGUUCAAGAACUAAGUCAAUCAAAAUGGUGUAAAAAAUGCAAUACAACUAACAUUGAUAAUAAGAAACGUACAUGCCCUAACUAUAAUGAGAAAUUAGAUACAUUAGCUGCUUUACAAGCAGAAUCUGCUAAUGAAUUUGCACAACUUAAUAACAUAGCCUUUCAAUCCAAACCUCUCAUAAUAAAGUCCCAUUCUUAUACUCACGAACAAAAAAGCUCUCAUUUCAAAUGUAUUAGUAUUACCCAACGAUCAGAACCUGAUGACGAUGUUAUUGUUCCAGAAAUAUAUGUGCCGGAUCCAUUAGAAUUUAAUCCUAACUCAAUAAAUAAUGAUACAGGACUGAAAACCAACUUGGGUAUUUUAAAAAAUGCACCGAUCAUCACAAAUCGUUAUCAUCAUCAACAUCAAGAUCUUGAUGCUAUUCUUGAAGAAGUUAAUAAAUCUUUAAAAGCCUUGAUUCCACCCAUACCUUCACAAAAGCAUUGGAAAAUUGCUGCAAGAAACUGUACAAAAUUUAUAAAGUUGCGUCAUAUAUUAUUUAAUAUGAUUAGGUAUACUGACAAUGAAUCAUUAGGAGGCAAUGAUCACACAUUUAAGAGCCUUGGAGAUGAGCAUCUACUUAGCGAGAAGCUAAAAAAUUUUACUGAUUUAGCAUAUGAAAGACGAAUUAAAUUUAUUGACGAAACUUUCAAAGAAAAUAGGCCAAAUUAUUCGCUGCGACCAAUACCUGUUACUGCUCAAGAGGAAGCAGCUACUAGGGAUGAAGCAAAUAUAGAUCUUCAUAAUGAGCAAGAUGAACCUAAAGAUGAAAUAGAACUCGAAAAUUAA